AUUCCAAUCCAUAUAUAUAAUUCCUCCCACAAACCACCUUAAGUAUUAAAUUAUUUCAAGUUGUGAAUGUAAGAUGCUCCCUAUAAAUGCAAACAUUUCCAUAUAAAAAUAUCAACAUCUCAACCAAGUUUCUUCUCAUCUUGCAAAAACUCUCUUUCUAUAUAUCGAUCCAUCUUUCUUUAUUAGUUACCUUAUUGGAAAUGGCUUCACUACCCAAUUUGGAAACUCCUCUAGAAAGUUUGAGAAUUUCAACUGUAGUUCCAGCAACACCAAGAGGUGAAGAAAAUGGUGAAUAUAACCUAAACAACAUAGACUUGUUAAUGAAACUCCACUAUAUUCGAUCCAUUUAUUUAUUCGAUUCUAAAGCGGUUCAAGACCUUUCAAUAUCCGAUUUAAAAACACCGAUGUUUCCGUUACUCGAUUUGUACUCACAUGUUUCCGGUCGAGUUAGAUUAGCUGAAUCUGGAAGACCUUUUAUUAAAAUCAAUGACGCGGGUGUGCGCGUCGCGGAGGCCUAUUGUGAUAAAACACUUCAUGAAUGGUUGGAUGAAAAUGAGUUCUCUAUUGAUGGACUUGUUCAUGAUCAUGUGCUUGGUCCUGAUGUUGCUUUCUCUCCUUUGGUUUUUAUCAAGUUCCAAAGUUUCAAAUGUGGAGGACUCUCAAUAGGAUUAAGUUGGGCUCACAUACUUGGAGAUGCUAUUUCAGCUUUUAACUUCAUCACCAAAUGGAGUCAAACACUAGCUGGUCAAUCUCCACCAAAAUCACUUCACAAGCCAAAUUUAACCAAACCUAAGUUCCUAUCAAAUUAUAUUUCUGAUAAUCCAAUUUCCAUUAAAAAAGCAACUGUUGUUGAUGAAUAUUGGCUUGCUGCUAAUGAAAGUUAUGUUGCUACACACACUUUUCACAUCACUUCCAAACAACUUCAAAAUUUGAUAACAUCAUACACAUCUAAAAACUCCAAUACCAAUGGUAAAACCAAGUAUUUUGAAAUUAUUUCAGCUAUGAUAUGGAAAUAUAUAGCACAAAUAAGAGGAGAUUUUGGACCAAAGAUUGUAACAAUAUGUACUACAAAUAUCUCGAAACGUGUCGAAAAUGAAUUCCCUACGAAUGGCGUGAUAUUGAGAAAAAUUGAAACAAAUUUGCCACCUCAAGAAUCUCAUAUUUCAGAAUUAGUUAAGUUGAUUGCUGAGGAAAAAAUGAAUGAGGAUGAUGCAAUAGGAAAAUUAUUGGAAGAAAGUGAAGGAAAAGAAGAUUUUAUAGUUUAUGGAGCAAAGUUAACAUUUGUAGACUUAGAAGAAGCUGAUUUGUAUGAGGUAAAGCUUAAUGGAAAGAAACCAAUUAUGGCAAAUUGUGAUUUUCGUGGUGUUGGUGAUCAAGGAGUUGUUUUGGUUCUUCCAGGACUAGAGGAUGAUGGUGGUAACAAUGGAAGAAUGAUAACAGUUUCAUUGCUAGGGAAAGAACUUGACCAGCUGAAAUAUAAGCUUGAAAGAGAAUGGGGUAUAAAUAAUUGUUCAAGUCGUGGAUUUUGAUGUUCAUGUGAGCAUAGUUCAAUUGGUAGAGACAUCAUAUUAUAUAUGCAAGGACAGGGUUCGAAUCUGGAUUUUGUAGUCAUUUACCGUGAAUUUCUAAUCACUAGGCUAUUUGACAAAAAGUCUUAGAUUUUGAUUUUAUGAACUAUUAUAAUUGGUAUAAUUGUGUUGUGUGAGUGGAUUUUCAUUCUUUUGUUUUGUGUUUGUUUGAUGUUUUCGUAUGUUGUUAUGAACUAUUAAUUGGUAUAAUUGUGAUGUUUUCUA